CGAUCAGGGAUUAUUUUGAUGAAACGCCCGUUGAAGAAUGGGAGUAUCUUCACUUUUUAAAGUCUUUCGAGCCCGUCAUUAUGUCAACUAUAGAUACCGUAAAAGAUACGGACAAAGGAACAUGGAGGAACGAACAACAAAGAAAUACUGCAAUUCGCUUGAAAGGGAAGAACUUAUUAUGUGUAGAUAAUUUCUGGGACGAAAUUGAAGGAAAAAAAAUGAAUUUACGUAAAAAACGGGAGGUGGUGAAUAUGACGAAUUCAGUCAUCAACAAUAUAGAAAUAGAUGCCUUAGAAUUCAUAGAAACUGCACGCACGGAGAAAAAGAAAAUGAUUUUGAGUUCACUGAAGCGGAAACCCGAAAAUGUAGUGAAUGCAGGAAAACGUCGCAAAUUGCCUAG